AUGGCGACCCCUAACGCUCCCUCCGACAUCCUCACACCUGAUCAACGCCUUGCGCUCGAGCAACAAGAAACAUACGCUCGCUACAAGCGCAACAUCGCCAUCGGCGGCGCAGUCGCCUGCCCCGUAAUCAUGCUUCUUCCCCCGCGAAAACUCGACCUCUACACCCUCUCUCUCGGCAUCGGCUUCUACCUCUCCGCAGACCACCUCGCGCAGUCGUACAAAGGGCGUCCGUUGCUGUCCCUCAUCACACCCUCUUUCUCAUCGCCUGUCAGCAGUCUGCCCACAGAGAAGGCGCGAGAAACAUCUCGGAUAUUCAAGGAGAGGGAAGAAGCUGAGCGGGCAAGGAGAGAGGGUGUGGAGGGAUUGGGGAAGGAAAAGAAGAAGGGUAUACUAGGGAAACUGUGGAUGGGCGACGAGGAGGAGGGGUGGAAGGAGAGGAGAUUAGAGGAGGAGAGGAAAGCCUUGGAGGAGGGGAAGACUUAUACAGAUAUGAUCUUGGAGCAGAUUUGGGAUGUGUGGAAUUGGGAUAAGAAGAAGGGGAAUGGUAGCAAGGACGAUGGAGAGAAGAAGGAGUGA